AUGGUAAAAUACUCUCCUCCUCCAAGCGCUUUUAUCGACCCUAAGACUAUCGUCCCAAGUGGAUGGGGGUCAGAAUUCGAAGAUGAUGGCAUGGUAGCCGUGAUUGAUCCUGUCGUGAUUGAAUUGAAUACUAUGCGUGAAAUCCAAGCGCAUGUUGUGGAACUUGUGGUUAUAGAUUUAAUGGCUGAUGGCGUUGAGGAUAUAAAGAUCUUCGGGGAGGACUUUGAGCUUAUUGUGAUCGAGCUGCCACCGAAAAAGCAUGAGAAUUUGAAGGCAGGAAUACCCCCUGUUUAUGACCCCAAAGCGGUUCCUUGGAACUAUGAGUCUAAUGAGAUAGAUGCUGUUACUUGGUCAGGCCGAUGUUUUCCAUCUCGUGAAGGUGUCGAGAAAAAGGCUGUAACCGAAGAGGAAGCAGAGCAACUCCUCAAAACCCUCAAAAUGAGUGAAGCAGAAGUGAUCGAGCAGUUGAGAAAAAUGCCGGCUCAGAUCUCGUUACUUGAACUAUUCAAGUCUUCUGAGAAACAUAGGAAUGCCCUUUUAAAAAUUCUUAAUGAAGUACAUGUACCCGAGACAAUUGGAGAGGUACAGUUGGAAGAGUUUGUAGGUGCUAUCCUUCUUAAGGAUCAAAUUUCUUUUUCGGAAAAGGACUUGCCGCCGGAAGGGCGAGCACAUUCUAAAGCAUUAUACAUCUCUGUUCAACACUUGGAUACAAAGAUAUCGAGAGUACUCAUUGAUAACGGUUCAGCUCUCAAUAUAUGUCCGUUAGCAACCUUGCGCCGCCUAGGUGUAGGUAUGGAUAGUGUUCGUCCUUCUAAAACUCCAGUCAGAGCCUUUGAUGGCAUGAAGAAGAAAGCUCUAGGAGAAGUUGACUUGCAGCUGAUGAUUGGUCCAGUCAUGUUCACUCAGAAAUUUCAAGUGCUCGACAUCCCAAGUAACUUCAGUUUAUUGCUGGGACGACCUUGGAUCCACGCUGCGGGUGUAAUACCCUCAAGUCUACAUCAGAUGAUCCGCUUUGUCGUGUGUGGCAAGAUUAUAACUGUCCAUUGUGAGAAAGACACCGAAACCUUCAACAAUAUUGCAAUUCCCUACGUGGAGCCAGAAGUAAAAGGAGAAUCAAGCUACCAUUCAUUCGAGUUAGUGUCAGUAUCUCAUGUGCCCACAGGUACCGUUAUAAGAAAGCCUCACUAUUCAAAGGCGGCCCUUAUGUCUAGCAAAGUGUUAAUCGAGCACGGAUUUACUAUUGGCAAAGGAUUAGGGAAGUUGUCCCAAGGCAUUCUCACACCCAUUGAGGUGACUAAGAGAAAGAAACGAGAAGGCUUAGGUUACCAAGGCGAUCGACAGGAUCAAGGUAAUCAGAAAAGCCCGAGCAUCAAAGAAAAGAGUUAUCGACGUUUGCUCCCUCCUCCACUGAAAGAUUUCUUCCCUGGACCGCCAAUGUUUCUCCAAGAUGAAGAAAUAGACAUCUAUGGUAUCGUCGACCUAUUUGAAGAGAGUUCUGUGGGUGCCAUUUCCGAAAGCUUUGAAGAUGAUCUACCUACUGAUCCCGCUGUGCAUGACACUUUGCAUAAUCAUGAUAGUCAUAUGCAUGGCUUGGAUUCGUACCCAAAAAACUCUUACGAACCUGAUUAUUCUGAUCCUGAAAAUGAAGAAGAUUCCCAGGUUAUUAAAAAAGAAUGGAUCCGACAUGAAGAAUCCAAGCCUCCCACAGAAGAGCGAACUGUUAUUAUAAAUUUGGGUGAUUCUGAAAAUCCCAAAGAAACAAAAAUUGGGGCAGGUCUCUCUCAAACAGAUGCCGAUCGACUAAUCAAACUCUUGAAGGAGUACCGGGAUGUCUUUGCUUGGUCUUAUGCUGAUAUGCCGGGUCUAGACCCCGACAUUGUAGAACACACAUUACCUCUCAAUCCUGCCAUUCCACCUAAGAAACAGAAGCUUAGGAGGACGAAGCCAGAAUUAUCUAAGAAGAUUGAAGAAGAAGUCAUGAAACUGUUAAAAGUUGAUUUCAUUGAAGUUACUCAUUAUGCCGACUGGAUUGCUAAUAUUGUCCCAGUCAUGAAGAAGGAUGGGCGAGUUCGGGUAUGUGUCGAUUAUCGUGACUUGAACAAAGCAAGUCCCAAAGAUGAUUUCCCAUUGCCACAUAUUGACGUCUUGGUCGACAGCACGACAGGAUUCGAAUUGUUUUUCUUCAUGGAUGGUUUCUCUGGCUAUAACCAAAUCCGAAUGAAAGAAGGAGACAAGACUAAAACAUCUUUUAUCACCCCAUGGGGAACAUUCUGUUACAAGGUUAUGCCCUUCGGCUUGAAGAAUGCAGGGGCAACUUACCAAAGAGCUAUGGUGACACUAUUCCAUGACAUGAUGCAUAAAGAGAUUGAAGUGUAUGUCGACGACAUGAUUGCUAAAUCACGACAAGGUGAAGGUCACAUUGAAGUCUUGAAGAAACUGUUCGAUCGACUUAGAAAGUUCAAGCUAAGGCUUAAUCCCGCUAAAUGCGUGUUUGGGGCAAAGUCUGGAAAGCUCCUUGGAUUUAUGGUUAGUAACAAGGGCAUCGAGAUUGAUCCCUCGAAGGUGAAGGCCAUUUGCGAUUUGAAACCCCCUUCUACUGUUAAGGAGUUUCGAAGCUUGUUGGGAAGACUGAAUUAUGUUGCAAGAUUUAUUUCCCAAUUAUCUGAAAUAGCCAAGCCAUUUUUCAAGCUGUUGAAAAAGAAUGCCAAAGUUGAAUGGAAUGAAGAUUGUCAAAAAUCCUUUGAGCAAUUAAAGCAGUAUCUUUCACAACCACCAGUUUUAGUACCGCCUGCUUCAGGAGCUAUGUUAGCGCAGAAGAGAUCGGAGGAUGGAAUGGAACGCGCUAUUUACUACCUCAGCAAGAAAUUUACUUCUGGUGAAGCUCGAUACCCUGAAGUUGAGAAAGCAUGUGUAGCCUUAAUUUGGGUAUUACACAGAUUACGGCAAUACACUCUUUACCAUCGUAUCCUACUUGUGAAUGAAAAUGAUCCCAUCAAAUAUCUUUUGGAAAAGCCUGCACUAGUUGGAAGGCUUGCAAAAUGGCAAAUAUUGCUUUCUGAAUUUGAUAUCCAGAGCAUGUCUCAGAAGUCCGUUAAAGGGCGAGCCAUAGCUGACAUGUUGGCUGAAAGUCCCUUAAAGUCAGACGACUGGGAUGAAAUUGAUGAAAGAAUCCAUUUGGUGUCACAUGACAAGUGGACCAUGUAUUUUGAUGAAGCUGUUAACCUCUCCGGUUCUGGCACCGGAGCAGUCCUAAUAUCCCCAGCAGGUCAGCAUUAUCCAGUAGCUGCAAAGUUGGUAUUUCCUUGUACCAAUAACAUUUCAGAAUAUGAAGCUUGCAUCCUCGGUCUCCAAUUAGCCAUCGAUAUGAAGGUUAAGAGAUUACAAGUCUAUGGUGAUUUCGCGCUUAUCAUUCUCCAAACAGGAGGUGAAUGGCAAACUCGUGAUUCAAAACUGAUUCCUUACCACGAAUAUCUUAAAGACUUGGUGGAAGAAUUCGAAGAGAUCUCAUUUGAUUAUUUGCCAAGAUCUCAUAAUCAAUUUGCUGAUGCUUUGGCGACAUUAUCUUCAAUGUUACAAGUAACCGAUGGUUUGAAUAUUGAUCCUUUGCAAAUCGAUAUUUUGAAAGAGCCUGCAUAUUGCAUGGUUAUAGAAGAGGAACUCGAUGGUCAACCAUGGUACUAUGACAUUAUGAAUUAUCUUCGAGAAGGAAAAUUUCCCCAAGGAAGUCGAGCUACUGAUUGUGUAGACACCAAAGAGGCCAAUUUAUUAAUGAAAGAGAUACAUGAAGGAGAAUGCGGUCCUCAUAUGAACGGCCAUCUUCUAGCAAGGAAGAUCAUGAGGCUAGGUUAUUACUGGUUAACCAUGGAAGCCGAUUGCAUUGACAUUAUCGGACCAAUUAAUCCUAAAGCAUCAAAUGGACACCGCUUCAUUCUAGUGGCUAUCGAUUACUUCACCAAAUGGAUCGAAGCCAAUUCUUAUGCUCACGUCACUGCGAAAAGUGUGGUAAAAUUCAUUCGUCGAGACAUUAUCGCUCGAUAUGGGGUUCCAGAAGCAAUUAUCACUGAUAACGGGUCAAACUUGAAUAACAAAGUAGUGGAUGAGCUACUCAAUAAGUUUCACAUCCGCCACUUGAAUUCUUCUCCUUACCGCCCACAAAUGAAUGGAGUUGUGGAGGCGGCAAACAAGAACAUAAAGAGGAUUCUGUCCAAGACGGCAAAGAAUUACCGAGAUUGGCAUGAUCGAUUGCCGUACGCGUUAAUGGCUUACAGAACUUCUAUUCGCACUUCGACUGGGGCAACACCAUUCUCAUUGGUAUAUGGAAUGGAAGCAGUUCUACCUGUGGAAGCGGAAAUUCCUUCAUUAAGGCUUAACAUGGUUGAUGAAAAAAGGGUAAAAGCCCUGUGCCAUGGACAAAGCUACCAAAAGCGAGUGGCUAAGUUAUUCAACCGUAAGGUUCGACCCAGGCAUUUUGAGGUCAAUGAUCUUGUCUUGAGGAAAGUCCUACCCAUCAUUCCAGAUCGUGGGAAGUUCACCCCCAAUUAUGAAGGACCGUAUGUCAUCAAGAAGGUGUUACCUGGCGGAGCAUUGAUUCUUGUAGAAAUGGAUGGCCGAGAAUUGCCAAAACCUGUAAAUGCUGAUGCUGUCAAGAAAUAUUUUCCAUGA